AAAGGCCACAAAAUAAAAAAGAGUGAGGCUGAGAGAGAGAGAUACAUACGCAUCUAUUUCUCACUUCUGCACACACUUACACACAAAAUUAAAAAUUCUUCAAAAAACUUAAGUUUUCGUUAGGGUAAUCUUUGUUUUUAUUUUCUUCCCCCUUCUGUAUCAUCCCGUUUCUUUAAUCCCUUUCUGUAAGCAAUCUGUCUUUCAAGAAGGUUUUAUGAGUUUGUGUUUUUGAGGUUUUUGAAUUUGUAAAAAAUUGGAGAAAAUGCAAACUUAAAUGAUUUUUUCUUAAAAGCUAGGUGUUUUCAGAAACGAGAUUCAAGAUUUUCAGUAAAUUUGUAGAGUUCAUUAUUCAUUCUUUGUUUUUAAUAUUUUCAGCUUUAGAGGGCUUAUUAGUUGUCCCUUCUAAGGUUGAUUUCUUGUAACCACAGGAAAAAAGGGGUUGUUAUUUGAAGACCUCUUUGUAUCCACUUAUCUUUUUGUAUUUUCACUAUUUGUUGGUUUAUUAUUCUUGGUAAUCAAUCACCUUUUCUUUUAUUUGAUAAGAAACAGGUUGAUCUUUUAAUUCUUUUUUUAUUAAAUUUGUGUGAAUUUUAGGUAUGGCAGCUACAACGGAUUUUUGGACUAGUACACUUUUAGAUCUUAACUCAUCAAACUCUUUGCAGGGUGGUGGUGAGCUGAUGGAAGCACUUGCACCUUUUAUCAAAAGUGCUUCCCCUAUUAAUUAUCCUUCUAUUUCACCUUCUCCUUUUUCUUCUUUCUCUUUUCCAUCUACAAAUUCUCAAUCUUUUCCUAUUACUACCACUACUUCUUCUACUUCUACUUCAUAUCCCUAUGAUUCAUUUUCUUUAACAUCUCAGCCCAAUAUGAGCUAUGAUGGUUGCUCCACUUCCACAACCAUAAACCCUACUUUUUCACAAGGAUUUUUGGGUUUCGAAAUGGAGCAACCGGGCUCAAUUGGGUUGGAUCAAUUAACACAAGCGCAGGUUCACCAGAUCCAAGCCCAAAUCUACCUCCAAAACAACCACCACCAACAACAAAUUAUGUCAUCAGCUGCCACUUUCCAAGAUUCUUUGACACAUCAGCAUAACCAUCAUGCUUCUCUUUUGAGCCCAAAGCCGGUUUCGAUGAAGCAAUCGGGCUGGCCACCCAAACCCCCAAAGCUUUACCGUGGUGUUAGACAACGCCACUGGGGAAAAUGGGUGGCAGAGAUCCGACUGCCCAAGAACCGGACCCGACUUUGGCUUGGCACCUUUGACACUGCUGAGGAGGCCGCCUUGGCUUAUGACAAGGCGGCCUAUAAACUCAGGGGCGACUUUGCUCGUCUGAAUUUCCCUCACCUCCGCCAUAGCGGCUCGUUAAUUGGGGGCGAAUUCGGUGAGUACAAGCCACUUCACUCCUCAGUAGACGCUAAGCUACAAGCCAUUUGUCAAGACUUAGCUCAAGGGAAGAGCAUUGACACUAAAAAGAAGCGGAAAGUGUCUUCCAAGAAAGAGGAAAGAAAGCCGGCAGAAGUUGGGUCAGAAAGUGAUGGGUCGGGUUCCUGUUCGGGUUUUGGAUCGGGCGGGUCAUCGCCCAUUUCUGACUUGACGUUCACGGAGUUUGCAGAUGAGGAUUCUAUUUGGGACAUGUGUUCGGAGAAAUUCAUGUUGCAGAAGUAUCCAUCUCAUUAGAUUGAUUGGGCUUCUCUACUAUAAUUUAGUCAAAUUUAGAAACUGGUAUAAUGUAAUCUUUGUAAUUUUUUGUUUAUAGAUGUUUGUUGAUAGGAUUAGGGGACAGCCAUUGCAAUGAGUUUUUGGUAAUUGCCUGGUUAGCCCUUAGAUUUAUUGGGAAAAUCCUGUUAUUUUAGUCCUUUUUUUUCCUUUAAGCUUUUAUAGGUAGGAUCCAAACAGGCCAGCUGGUGUUUUUUGUCUAAGCUAGGCCAGUGGAUUUGGUGCUUUUUAUAUGUUGUAUUUUUGCUUUGUAUUCAUAGUUUUCUGUGCUCAUCUUUCAGUAUUUGUGAUUCA